AUGGGUAUCCCAAUGUACCGUGACCCCUCUCCUGAGGGAACCAAAAGCAGUACCAUCAAGGACCCUUCCGCCGCUGCGCGUUCCGCUAUUCGCCGCCAGGCCACUCUUCGCCGACCGUCGCGUUAUAGUACUUCCACCUUACGCGGCGCACCUCUACGGUCUCCCUUUCCUCGUGCGAUUGCAGACGAGAUUGAGCGUGAAGCGCAUGGGUUACAGCGCCAUAUACGCUCUCCCAUUACAAACCCUCCCCCCGGUGAUGAUCCGCUCGAUAUUAUCGCCGGGGAUCUCGACAUGAUCCGACGCGAGGUUGGUGAAGGCUUGCUGCAUGAGGCCGCUCAGCAUAGACGCCCCGGACAACGGAUGAGAAUUCCACGUAACACCGCUCUUUCAGAGUUAACCCGCCGCCCAUCGCCAGCAGAUAACCCCAGCAGCCGAAGAAAUCAUGAGCAGCCUGCUUUCACGCCAAGCUUUGCGCCUGCCGUUGCGUAUCAUCGAAGACUAUCUCCACCGUCACAAUUGCGUCCGCGUCUUUCUCCAUUUCCUCCGGACGGGUUUGAAGUGGUAGGGACGACUGUUCCCUUGUUGCGGCGUGUUGGGCAGCGUUCUAUCAACGAAACCAAUCGCGCAAUCAAUCGCGAUUUUACCAUGGAUGGUCUCGGGGAUCGCCAACGUAGCAUGAGCCCCGAUGAUGACAAUGCGAAUGAUGCGUGGGAAACGCUUCUGACUACGAUCACUCCCGAUGACAACCUUCCCAGUGCUGAUUCCUCAUUCGCCUCCACCUCUGCAUCCGGCGCGAAUACAUCGGCGAACGCGACCACCAGAACCUCGACAGCCUCCUUCCAAACAUUGCCAAGCUCUUUAGAUCCGAGUUCCGCGACAGUUCAGAUGGUUCUUGAUCCAUACCCGGAAUAUGUCAAUCCCUGUGACUAUCCUAGUUCAUCGGACUCUGAUUCCGCGUCGGAGGGCGAUUUCAAUCAGCUCUCUCUUUGGCGACGCUAUCGUCGUCGGAUGCAUCAGAUGGGCUCUGGACAGCAGCGCUCGCAUGAUAUGCAUUCGACCAUGAGUAGCCACCCACCGAUCCCGACGAUCUCGUUUGCCUUUUCCAAUUCCUCCACUCACCCAGAGCAUCAACAAAUGCAAGCUAUACUGGAUCGACUCGCUCGAAGGGAGAAUAUACCUGAUGACUGGUGGGCUGCAGCUGGACUGUCUCGCACUAUCAGCAACAGGCGCGGCGCAAACAAUGACUCCAAUGACCCUGACAACAGGGAAGAACCCGCUCGACGACCAUGA